UUAAUUUGUCAGUCCAAGUGCGGUCACUCUAAUGACAAAUCAUUUUUGCGCGAAGUAAACCUGAGUUAAAAGUCUACAUAUGUUUAUGUACCUUUAAUUAAGAUUCUUUUCAUCUAAAUCACAACAUGAUUAUUACAAUAAAAAACCUUCAACAGCAAACUUUUACCAUUGAGUUUGCUCCGGAAAAAACGGUUUUGGAACUGAAGAAAAAAAUAUUCGACGAACGCGGCGCUGAGUAUGUUGCCGAAAAGCAGAAACUGAUAUAUGCUGGCGUCAUAUUGACCGAUGAGCGUACCGUUGGUUCAUACAAUGUUGAUGAAAAAAAGUUCAUAGUAGUGAUGUUGACACGCGAUUCAUCCGGCUCAAAGCCUAGUCAAAAUCGGCCGAAGGAAACUGACAAAUUGACAAGCGCCAACGAUUUAAAGGAUUCAAAGGCUCCCGAAAAUACUAAAGCUAGUAAUUCCCCUGCGACUGCGAAUACGGAGGUGCAGUCAUCAGAUGUAGCAAGUGAAACAGCAGUUACAGUUUCAAGACCUAUAUCCAGUAACGACUUAAUCGGCGAGUUGGCCAAUGCUUCCUUACAAUCUCGCGCAGAAUCUAACUUGAUAAUGGGUGACGAGUACAACCAAACUGUUCUGUCAAUGGUGGAAAUGGGUUACCCACGCGAGCAGGUGGAACGUGCGAUGGCCGCCAGCUACAACAACCCGGAAAGAGCCGUUGAGUACCUCAUUAAUGGCAUACCCGUUGAGGAGGAAGCUAUAUAUAAUGUUGUAGAUGAAUCCACAAAUCCUAGCGUAGUCCCUUCCGGACCUCAAACUGUGUCCGGAUCAUCUGUCGAUCGUCCGCCCGAAUCUAAUUCAGAUCCCUUUGAAUUUUUACGUAGCCAACCGCAGUUUCUUCAAAUGCGUUCUUUAAUAUAUCAAAACCCUCACCUUUUGCAUGCAGUAUUGCAGCAGAUUGGUCAGACAAACCCAGCUCUUUUACAACUUAUUUCGGAGAACCAGGAUGCUUUCCUAAACAUGUUAAAUCAACCAAUUGAAAGCGAAUCGGAAUCGAAUGACACAGUACCACGCGCUUCAACUGUUCGUACGGAGUCAAAUCCAGCGGAUAUAGAAAGCCUCUUUUCAUCAGAACUGGAAGGAGCCGUUGCAGCGCAAAGAUCAACUGCUGGUACAAGUGUGGUACAAAGAGAUAACGCAGCGGAAAUUGAAGAUUUGGAGCAACCUUCUGGAGUUUCAACCAUUCGUCUGAACCGCCAGGACCAGGACGCAAUAGAACGGCUGAAAGCACUCGGAUUCCCAGAGGCACUUGUACUGCAAGCUUACUUCGCCUGUGAAAAGGAUGAGGAACUAGCAGCUAAUUUCUUGCUUUCUUCUAGCUUUGAUGAUUAGGUUGGUCAAAUGUAAAAAGUUAUGCUUAUACUAUAUACCGAAAUCGUUACGAAUAAAAUUAGAUGUUCUAAAACCA